AUGAUGAAGCUGCAUUUGUCUGAAGUUCAGUUGUGCUCAUUGUCUAAGUAUUCAAUUAAGUUGGCUUACAGUCAGCUUGUUUCUCCUAGUGGUAACAAGAUGUAUUGGGCUAAUGCUAUUUGGUGUAAAUUAGCUCAGCCUAAACACAGGUUCAUUUCAUGGCUAGCAGUUUUAGAGAGACUGAGUACCAAGGAUAGAUUGAAGCUGUUUGGGGUCUCAGUGGAUGAUUUAUGUCUUCUGUGUGGUGUUGAAGUGGAAAAUCACAGUCACCUAUUUUUUGGUUGUCAGUAUAGCUCAAGAUGUUGGGAGCAGAUUGCUGGUUUCCUCCAAAUCAAUACAAGUAUAAGAAGCUUGCCUCAACUGAUUAAAUGGAUUCAUAGGAGAAAGUUCACUAAGUUCAGGAAAGGGGUGUUAUUCACCUUUGCCUGGUGCUUAGUGUACCACGGGAAAAUGGAAGACGCUAGUGCACUCAAGUCCUUCGCAACACUGUCCAGAGGUGCAAUAUUCGCCAAAUCCGACGCAAGCAGCCGCGCCAGGGGCGGUCGCCACCAUCAGAAUUAUGGCAAUGGUUAG